AUCAUAGUAGUUAUAGUGUAACACAUUUGAUUACAUUUUACAGUCUAUAAUAUAAUCAGGCUUUAAUAGUUAGACAUGUUAUCACAUUAUAUAUCUACAAUAUUAAAUAGCCUACUAUUUAAAAUAUAUACUCCAUAGGUUAUAUGUGCUGAAUUUAUUGUGUAUGAAACUGUAAGACAUAUUUUGUGUGCUGAUCUGCCUAUGAGUGGCGCUCUACGCUCUUUUACCACAGGUUCUGUUUUAAAACCUGGCGAGCUCCUACCUAGACAGCAUGCCUGGGACCACAAGCGCCUUAGGAAACGACAACAUUUUUUGAAUAUCAUAGGUGCACCUAUCAUUUUGUCCAAAACGCUGCCGAACUGCAACGAGAACUGACCGAAAUCAACGGAAUGAUGCAGUAAAAUGUUGUCUAGCUAGGGAACUCGCUUGUUCGUUGGAACGCAGCCAUUUUUGGUCGCUUCAUUUCUCACCGUUCAUUCCUGCGAUCAGCGUCCUGUGGUGCGCGUCUGGCUCUCCUCUCAUCCUCUCCGCCUGAUUUUUCACUCGUCUUGAGGAUGCUGUGAGAAAUCAAACACUCAUUCGUCUUCUGCAUCAGUCGUGCAGCGUUUCCUCGCGGAUGCUGAAGAUCAGUUCUGAGGCAGCUAUUCUGACUGUGUUUGAUGAAGACAGCGCCAAGCUAAAUACGUACAUAGUUUUCUGUCAAGACAUUUCUAAAUCUGUUAUUUACCCAUAUGUUGAAGACAACUCCUGAUGUCAUCUUCUCAAAAUCAAUAUCUCAUCUAACAGUGUGAAAGAUGCCAAUACUUACUUUAGCUUUAAGUUUGAAAGCGGUAAGAGCUCCAGACCUCAAGGGAGGAUCAACAAGACUCUACAUGAAAGCUUGAGAGCACAUGAGCCUUCAGGAAACAUGAGUGUGAAUGAAGAACACAACACACCCUUCGGGACCAGCAUUGAAGAUGACUGUAAGGAAAUCCGAAACAACAACAGACAUGCUGAAGAUUCCCUAGAUGGUGAUGCCAAUGCUAAUGAAAUGCAAAGAGGAAAUGGAGGAACAACUCUGAAGGCAACUGAAACUCUGUCCUCUGUGGUAUCUCAUACUGAGCAGCAGGUGAAGAUGAUUAUCCAGGGCACAGAUUCCCCAUGUGAUGACCCAGAGUUGGCUGAGUUUGAGAGGCUGGAAAGUCAGGAAAUAGAGGAUGAUGAAGAGAGCAUUAUUCCUAGAGGAGAUGUUAAGUGUGACACCAAUUUAAUGCAGACCGAAGCAAUGUCUCCUAAGGAUGGCAAAAGGUUCUCCCAGUUUAUUUCAAAGGAACAAGAGUCUUAUCCUCAGUUCACUAGCAAAGAAAUGGUGACCAGCAUAACAAGGACUGAGUUUAGCUCUGAAAAUGAUGUUUUUGUUUCUUGUCUCUCCACAAUGUCUAGUCUUGGAGGAAGUCUUGCUAGUGCCCUAAACCAUGCAGGUCAAACUCAAAGCUCUGAUUCAUGGCAUGCUCCCUCUGGGCCAUACCGGACUCUCUCUGAGGACCUUACCCUUGCCUCACAAUCCUGUUUAACUAUUUCAGAUAAAAGCCGGAGCUCUGUAUAUACUGAUGGCAUACAUCACCAAGCAGGAAAAAGUACAAUGCACAUUGGCAGUGUUGAUCUUAAUCUUAAUUCUACCACCUUGCCUGAGGAAACCCUUUUAGAAGCACAAGAAAACCAACCAGCUACAGAUUUUUUAAGAUAUGAGAGCUCAGGUCAACUGACAAAUGGCAUGAGUGAAUGUAGCAUUGCAAGGAUCAAGAAGGUCCCUAAUGAAUCAGGAAGUACCAGUCAGGACAAUCUAGGAGAAUCUGAAACUCAAGUAAAGAAGUACCAUGGAACAGAAGACAAGGCUCCAAAUUUAAAAACAGUAUCAACUGAGAUAUCAACUCUUGUCUCAGACAACACACAGUUUGCUUCAUGCAACAGAAGGUUCUCCCAUGAUUCUGCUGGUAAUAAUAAACUCAAAUACCAGGAGGAGGAAUCUCAUAAAACUGCUCUUAAAACUUCAAAACUAACCUCAAAGGAUAUACCUGUGCAAUCUGGAGGUUCUGAACCCCAACCAUAUAAGAAGCAAGCUUCUUUUGAAAAGACUCGAAGUUCUAGUGCAUCGAGUUUGGAAAGGCGAAGACCUUGGGGCAGCCCGUCUCGCCCUGAGACACCUCCACCUCCUAAGACCACCUGUUCACCUUGGAAACAGCCACCUUCAUCACCAGCCAAAGCUAUUAGCACAAGAGAAGCAAGUCAGGAACGAAAUGAAACCUUACAGAGGGGAACCACUGGUUUGAGGCAACCAAGUAAAAGUUUUCUAAGUAGUAGUAGCAGUCUCUCAAAACCUGCUGUUUCUCAACAACCCACUAGAGAAGAAUUUGAAUCUAAGAAGUUUUCUCCACCUCAGAAGCCAAAAAAUGUUCGACCAAAAAUUAUAACAUAUGUCCGCAAAAGCCCUCAAGCGAAACCAAUGUCUGAAGGUCCCUAUGAAGUGUCGACGCUACCGCCAAGACUUACACCUUACAGUAGCUCACUAACCUCAAAAGAGAAGGCUGAGGGGUCCAGAGGUUCACCUGUGCUGAGCUCAUCUAAUAUCCUUUAUGACAAGUAUCGUCAGGAAGUACAGAGAUCAGGAUACUACUCCCCUCCAGGACUGAUGGCAUCUGGGAUCAGGCCACCCAGCCAUACUGUUCCCCAUAAACUUGUGGGCAAAUCAGAGAGUUUUCAUGGAGAGCUGCCAGAUCAAUAUUUACAGGGUGGUAAAGCGCUUCAGCUAAAUACCCAUGAUGCUGCUGCUGUUUUCCGCUUUCCGAGAGCCUUAAAGCCUCAGCUUGGCCUUGGAGCUGUCACCAGACAGCCUGCUGCUAAGAACAGGACAGUAUUACCAGGUCAAAGGUCAGCGUCACCCCUCAGUUAUACGGCUCCAGCUGUUCAGGCCCCAAGUAGUCACCAGGAACCUGCAGUGGAUCAGAAGAGACUAGCAUUGGGUGUGUCUCCCAAAUUUAUGCUCCCCAAACCGGGUCAAUCUGGACUGCGUCCUCCCGGCUUCUCCCAUCUGCCUCCUGCUCGACUGGCUACCUUUGGCUUUGUCCGCAGUGCUAGCGUGUCUUCUGUUUCCAGCAACCAAUCGAAUGACAGCAUACACAGUGACCCCUGCCGAUCUAGCCGUCCACACAGCAGCAGUGAUGAAACACUUCUCACGCGCUCUCCUCUGCCUCCUGCUGAGGGCAGCGCUGGCAGGAGUCAUAACCGCAGCAGCCCCCGACCCCAGCCCGCCGAUCUCUGCACCCACCCCCGUGCCUCACCCGUGGUCUCUAGAAAGGAGCUUCAAAGGGAUGUAGAAAUCACCCGACCCAUUGUGUCGUCCCCAAAGAGGUUUGCAGUGGUCUCUCCCAAGCCUCAGUCCCCUGUCCGUCAGAAGUCAUGUGUAGCCCGUCUGGGUGGGCGUGCAGAGGGUGUGGAUGCUGAGCGAGAAAGGUUGAUGAUACAGAGACUGAAAGAGAGAUGUGAAGAUCAGGCUCGGCAGCUGAUCACCCUGCAGGAUGAGCUCAGGAAGUCGUCACGAUGCCUUGAUGUGUUCACCAUAACCACGCAACACUUCUGCCAGAAGAGUGAGAAUGCUACUGUGAAGGAGAGGGAGUUGUCCCUGCAGUUAGUCAGGAUCAGGGAUGAAGUGGUGGUCAGCGUUCAACGCUGGGAGCGUCUGCAGGGUGAGAAGGCCCAGCUGGAGCAGAGUUUUGAGCGGGAGCUGAAAGGACUACAAGAAGAGCAACAGCAGGAGCUCAAGACCCUAAAGGAGAGACUGGUAGAGGAGCACACCUCUGAGAGACAGCGACUCCAGCAACAGCAAAACAGCCAACUAGAGCAGCUGCAAUCCCAGCAUCUGGAACAGAUUGAGGAAAUGAGUGAAAACCAUGAGAGAGCAAUGAUAGAGAUGGAAGCAACCCAUGGUGCUACAUUGGCUACUUUACAGGAAGAACACACCAGGACCAUCAAGAACCUGAAGAUGGCACAUGAGCAGCAAAAGAAGUCAAUGGAAGAGGAAUUUGAGAAGCUCAGACUCUCCCUACAGGAUCAGGUGGACACCUUGACAUUUCAGAAUCGCUCUCUGCGAGACCGGGCCAAGCGCUUUGAAGAAGCAUUGCGCAGAAGCACAGAUGAACAGAUAGUGGAUGCACUUGCCCCUUAUCAGCAUAUUGAAGAAGACCUGAAGAGUCUUAAAGAGGUUCUGGAGAUGAAGAACCAGCAGAUUCAUCAACAGGAGCUCAAAAUUUCAGAGCUUGAAAAAAUGGCCCAAAAGAAUGUUCUGCUGGAGGAGCGAAUUCAAGUGUUACAGCAGCAAAAUGAAGACCUAAAGGACAGGAUUGACCGCAACCUUGCAACGUCCAGGCAACUUUCAGAGGAAAAUGCCAACCUACAGGUGUAUGUUGAGAAAGAGAGCAAUGAGAAGAAACGACUAAGUCGCACCAAUGAAGAGCUUCUGUGGCGCCUUCAAACGGGCGAACUGAGCCCACGAAUGUCUCCCACCCAGUCGCCACUUCAUCGACCAGUCUCUAGUCCCUCUUCACCCUCCCGACAACAGCCCUUCCCUAGAUGAGUUCCCUAGAAUUCUCUGCUCUUAUUCUGUCUCUCUCACUCUUUUUUUCUGUAACUCGUGAUUCUCAUUUUGGAUUCUGAUUGGAUGGAACAGAGGAUGUUCUCAAAUCUCUUACACCAUACAUGAUGGUCAUAGCGCUUUCAUACUAUAUCAGUUGGUACAGUGAUCAGGGUUUGAGUUGAAUUUUUUUUUGUGUAACUGAAAGAAUUAGUUGAAGGUAUGUAUAUGUAAAUGGAUAGUCCACCAAAAAAAAUAAGAUUCUUAAUUUAUUCAUUCUGGACCUACUGAUAUGAUUUAUUUAUGUGGAGCAUAAGUGGAGAAAUCAGAUCACAAAUGUAUAUUAAGGACAAACUCACCGUGUCUAUCUAGUUAUGAUGAAGAUGUAUACAUUUCAGUUUCAUCAGGCAACAAAUUUUACUAUGUUAUUAUUCCAGCUAACAAUAUUAGACAAGCCCAAUAUUUUUUCAUCUAUAUUAUUUAUUAUCAAUUUAUUAUUAAUGAAUGCCUGCAACAUGCAACAAAAUAAACUGAAAACACUCUUUUAUCUGAAAAGCAAAGGCAGAAGCUAUUAUACAAAAAUCUGCAAACUGCAGCAAAAGUGGGAGCAAAAAUCAUCAAACUGCAACAAACGUGGGAACAAAAAUCACCUGUGAAAAGAAUGAGAUUGGAGAAAUGGAAAGGAAGAAAGACACAAAGAGCUUUAAAGGGGAGCUGUAACAUAGCCACAUGUAUUUACGCUUAAUAUUACGAUAUGACUAUUUUUUUAUUACAGCCUGUUAUAAUUAAUACAUUACAUCCCACUCCUCCUCUACUUCUAUCAUUGCUUGAAUUACAGCAUUAAGCGCCUUCUAUUUGAAUGUGAUUUUUUUUCAUGCAACCUUACAAAAAAGAAGUUCAAAGUCACGUAUAAUAUGCAGACUUAGCAACUGUGGCACUGACAUAAGUGCGACGUUUGAUUGGCCUGGUUGUGCGUCACUCAGAGGAAACAGGCCAAUUAGAAUAGAGGCUCAUGAAUAAUAAUUACACAGGUUUUUGACAGAGCCCCUGAGCUAUAAAAACAUAUUGAAAUGUUACUUAUACCACAAAUAUAUAUUCUUAAGGACAUCAACACCUAAAAUAAAUCUCCCAAAAGGUGUACAGUAUGGGACCUUUAAACUACUGCCUAUAACUGAAAUUCCUUGUUAGUUUGAUAUAACAUACAACAAUAAUAAAAAAUUCUCAAUCUUCUAGUUUUUCAUAGAAAUUAAAAAGUAAUGUAAAAAGGAAUUAAACAUCUGGAAAUUAAGCCAAACAACAGAGGACAAAUUAAAUAAUCCCCAGGUCACAUGUUCAUUAUAUAACACAAUAAUCUUACAUAAUUAGCAGAAGUUAUUACUGCAUCACCUGCGUGACAUCACUACCAAAAAAGUUAUUACAGUUUUAGUAACUGUUGUGACUAUCUAGAUCAUUUCACUAGCGAUGCAUCAUUCUGUGGUAAAGCUAAUUAUAUUACAUUACACUCUAUGAAUGGAACUCCCUAUUUAGUUACAAAAACUAAUUCAUUCAAAGUCAAUGACCAAUUUUGGUCAGUUCUCAAAGUCAGCUGACUUGCAGACUUGCAAUGUAGCAGACAAGUUCACUUUUACUAUACUUUUAUAGUGGUUUAAAAGCAUGAGUCCCAUAAUUGCAUUGAAAAGAAAGACCAACACAUACUUCAAAAGUUCUCCAUUUGCGUUCCACAAAAUAGUCAGUCAUACAAGUUUGGAACAACACAACCUACAAAGAGAACAGAAAGAGGAACUUUAUCCUCCAUUUUUUUACUGUACGACAUAAUCACAGUGUAGUGCUUUAUGAUGUUUCCCAGGCCAUUUUGGGAAUAUUUCUUUUUUGUACAUUCUACUCCAAUGGAUUUGGCUUUUGGGCUUGUGCUGAGGUUUUCUGUUUGAACAGGACAUCAUGGUGCUUGUUCUCCAACCUUUGCCUAUUGUCUCAAGCUUUUCCAAAGAUUGUUCAAGACAACAUAAAUACAGUUUUACUAGGCCGUUUUCAAAAGAAAACCACCCACCAGCAACCUUCUGUGCAAACCCAGGCAUUACUGUACUCAAUACAAUGAACAGGAAAACACAGGAAGACAUCUAUAUAGGCAAGUUUAGGACAAACAGCUGUAAUUCAAAUGAGGUAAAUACUUCUAAAUGUCAUCUAAUAAUUAUGUAGUCUAGAGGCUUAAAUUGUGAUACAAAUGAGUUUAAAAGGUAUUUACAUUUUUAAAUGUGGUUUAUCCACAUUUUGUGACCACUAUGCUAAUAUUAGCAUAGACUGACAAUGCAGUAGUGUAAACAACUUGAAAACUUCAACCUGCUGUCUUUACCUUCAUCUCUUGUUCAUGAGGGUAAAUAAUCCUCAUGCCUUCAUCUCAACUGUGUGUGUUUACAGAAAUCUGAAUGCAUAAAGCUGUAAGAACUGCCUAUGAACUGACACUACAGUUAUCGGUCAUGGCUGUUUAUGUCCCUUUUCUCUGUACAGUAUGUAUCAUAAGUCUUCCAGUUGCUCUGACUCAGAUAAUAUGCUUAAACUGCAUUCAUAUGGGCACUAUGAUGGCUUGUGUCCUACUUCAGAGACUUUCCUGCAUAAUAUUUAACUGAAAGGUUUUUGCAAAAAUACUACAGAGCAUUACAUUAGCAUUUUAAGUUAUCAUGAGUACCUCAAUUCUUAAAAAUGCAGGCUUUUACAGAGACUUAAGGCCCAUUCACACCAAGCACGAUAAAGAUGAAGAUAAUUAUAAAGAUAUAAGAGAAACAAUAUAGUUGGAAUCAUUUUCAGAAUGUUUUUUUCCAGGCGAGGAACGAUAUAAACAUUGACAACCAAUCAGAAGCCAUCCUGUUCUCAUGAGCUCAGGAAUUUGAGGCAGCAUUUAAAGUAUUUAUUGUAUGUGAGAAUAAAUAGACGAUAUUGUUCUCCAGUGUGGAUGUUAAUAUCAUUAUCUUUACAGUUAUCGUGUAUGGUGUGAAUGGGCCUUUAUUGUUUAUUGUGAUACAUUCAGGGUCUACAGUGUCAAAGCCAUGGUCUCAAUACAGGAAAAUCUAGUCAUGAAUAAUAACCAGAAAGUAUUUAAAUUACACUACAUUUAUGUUCACGGAAUGGCCUACAACAACUAUCCUGUAUAUUGAGUGGAUCAUUUUUAUGUGAAUAUGCACUUGUAUUCUUGUUGACAUUGUGGUAAAUACCUGGACUCAAUGUUUGGGAACUUUAGGAAGGAGUUAGGAAGUCAUCUUUUUCAUGAAUGUUUUAGUCUCCUGUGGGGACAAUGUAUACAUGUUUUAUUUUAUGUUUAAGUGUACUUAGUAGUGCAGCUAUUAGUAAUCAAUUUUUUAUGAUUAGCAUAAAUGACCAUGAUUUUUUAUAGGAAAAUAAAAUCUUUAGUUAUCAUUCUUUAGCCUUAACAUUUGUACUAACAGAGAGUGCAAAUGGCUGCUGCCGUUUACAGACACUUGAACUAAGAUGAUGGCUGAUUUUAUACCAUUGUACUGGUGAAUUUUGUUUAUUCCUGCUCAUUCUGAGAGUACCACCUCCCAUCUCUAUAGGUGAUCCAGCUCAGGUUAAGAAGGUGCAUUUCAUUGUCAUCUCAUGUGCAUUACAGUUUGACGAUAGAUUCUAAAAAAAUAUUCAUGUUGAAUCUAUAGAACGGAAUGCAAACUACCGGUAUACAUUUGAAGGUUGGCAUCAAUGUGUUAUCAAACUUUUAUUUAAAUGCAUUUCACUCAUAUAGCAAUUAAAAUUAAAGCUCAGAAUGAAAUAAUGUAAUAUAAAAUUCAACUACCUGUCUCGCUUUUACAGUUUCUUGGGUGUCUGCUUGGAUUAUGCUCUUCUCUGCUUUUGAAAUAUAAAUAUAAAUGAUAGGGAAAUCUUCAAUCAGUCAGGUUGUAAAAUGCACUGAUUUUUUCUUUAGUCUUUUUUCCCACUGUGUGUGUCCCAUGGACAUAUUUAUGGAGUUUCUGAAUGCUUCUUCCAUUCAUAAAGGAACAGUUCAGACAAAAAAUGACAAAUUUGUCACUAUUUACUCAAUCUAAUGUCAUUCCUAACUUGCAUGUUAUUUUUGUCCAUGUAGCAUUCUUCAAAUUUUAGUUAUUUACUUAAUUUGGUGUUCCAAACAUUUAAAAUUGCUCUUGGAUUAAAAAGCACCACAAAUAUCAUAGUUCACAUAGCGUCAUGGUCCUCAAGUCGUAAAGACUAUGAUGACUAUGUUCCAAAUGUAUUCAUAUUGUGAACUAGCGGUGUUUUGAGUAGAAAAAUGUUUGAGAAUGAAAAGAGAAUGAGUAAAUAAUAUUUUUUGAUGAUUUGGAAUUUAACUGGAAUACAAACACAACUGUCUGUCAUUGGACAUUUAAGGGAGGACUGUAACAUGGAUUGUAUUAAUGAAAUGUCCUGUUGAUUUUUUUUUUUUCUUCUCCUAAUUUGUGUUGUACAGCUUGUAUGAGCUUUAUGUGUGAUCUAUGUUACAACACGUUAGUGGAAAAGCAUGUCUUAAAGCUGUGAUAUAAUUUGUUUCGUUCAAACCUUGUUAGUGUAUUUACUCACUGUUGUGAUGCAUUCAAAAACUCUUUUGAUGAUUAUGUUGCACUUUAUUGCCCUUUGGGUUUAAAUAUUAAAAAAAAAAUGUAAAAGCA